AUGUUGUUGUUAACGCUGUCCAUCCUUCUAUUGACUGCUUGGAGGUACGCCUAUGAUUACGUGGUAGAAGGGGGGUCUCUCACUGUGACUGCCAAUAAAAGUGCAACCGACCCUUCUGAGCUGUCCUACAGUUUGAUAUUUGAAUGUCCAUCAACUUGUGCCGAGAGUUUGAAGACCUUAGUAACCGUCGCUGACAACGCAGGACGUGGUUUUGUUAUCAAGACAACUGACAACACAGUUGUGGAGCCUCAAUUUGUCAUCGUAGUUAUAGUCAGUGACAAAGCAAGGAACAUAGAACUCCAACGUCUCCGGUUUACAUUUAUUGACAAUGAUGGACCUGAGCAGGUUUCUCAAAGAGAAGAUUCAGCUGAUCCUAUAUUCUUCGUUGUUAAGAACCCGCCAAAUAUGCCAAACACCAUUUAUUCUUUAGUUGAUGUCUCGGAUCAAAGUUUUAGAAAACAAUGGUACUAUGAGCCCUUACAAGUAGAAUUCCAGGCAAACGAAGCAGGAACUAAGAAAAUUAGAUUACAUCCAAAGGAAGAUAACACAGUGGACGGUGACCAGCGAUCUGUGAUAGUUGUAAAGCGCGUGUCCACAUGUGAAGGAGUGCAACGUUAUUAUUCUCAUCAAAUCAUCAAAGUGGAAGACAUCGAUGUAAACGGACAGUGGUCAGAAUGGUCCGAUUGGACCAAAUGUUCGAACACACACGCUCCGUUCUGCGACCAUACGAGGACGCGCACCUGCCAACUUCCGCCCGGGGUUCUGAGUGGAAAUCCAGUGUGUGUUGGUGGAAACCUCGAAAAAAGAGACUGUGCAUGCCAACUUAUAUUUCAUUUUCAACAAAAUAAUAAAUAACAAGAAAUGUCAAGAAUUUCAUUUCAACUCCUUAAAGUUGACUUACAAGGUAAAUUAAUAAUACUUUGCAAAUUACAAAGUUGUCAGACGUUGCGCAGAUUCCACAUGGAGCAAGGAUACUCGAUAUCUUUUGUUUUAAACACAUUUCAAAAAAUCCAUAAAUUUUGUAAACAUUGCUAUUUUAAGCAGCCAUUUGACGAAACCGAUUAAAUUUAAGCUCAAUUAGUUCAUGUACAUGUAUAAUAUAGAACUGCAUUCUCUGAGAAAUAAAUAAUCUACAAUAAUACAUGUACUUUGU